CAAGCAACCAAUCAACCAUCAUUAAACCUCAAACUUCCCUUAGUGGUUCACAGGAUAUAUAGCUUUAUCUUCACCUUCAUCUUCCAUACCAACAAUGGCGGCGAAGGAGGAAGAUGAGCAAAGAGUACGCGAAGACGAUGAGCCUCAAAUCAGUUACAAGGGAAUCAAAGUUAUGCCUUUCAUCAUUGGAAAUGAGGCAUUUGAGAAGCUUGGAACAUUUGGGAUGAUGUCAAAUUUAUUGGUAUACCUGACAACUGUGUUUAAUAUGCCUAGUAUCACCGCCACCACUCUCCUCAACGUAUUCGAUGGCAGCAUCAAUUUCGCCACCUUGUUGGGCGCUUUCCUUUGUGAUUCCUACUUCGGUCGCCACCUUACGUUGGGUUUUGCUUGCAUUGCAUCCUUCGCUGGUUUGUUUUUAGUUGAUCUAACUGCGGUGUUCAAACAACUUCAUCCUCCUGAAUGUGGAUCAAAACGGGGUAGUCACUGUGUGGGUCCCACCCCAUUUCAAUGGCUAUUUCUACUCACUGGAUUUCUAUUUAUGGUGAUCGGAUCCGGUGGGAUCCGACCAUGUAAUCUGGCUUUUGGAGCUGAUCAGUUUAAUCCGAAUACAGAAGCCGGAAAGAGAGGGAUAACGAGCUUCUUCAAUUGGUAUUUAUUCGCUGUGGUAUUUGCACAGAUGGUGUCGCUUACUGUGGUGGUUUACAUUCAAUCAGACCUGAGUUGGCCCAUUGGUCUAGCGAUUCCGGUGAUCUUCAUGUUCAUCUCGUGUGUUUUGUUCUUCAGUGCUAAUAAAAUGUAUGUGAAAGUAAAGCCUGAUGGUAGUCCCUUCACAAGCAUGGCGAGGGUUCUGGUGGUAGCCGUGAAAAAGCGACGGUUGAAACUACCGGAACAACCGCAGUUGUCUCUUUACAGUUAUACACCACCGAAGUCGAUUAAUUUAGCUCUGCCUUAUUCCAACAAAUAUAGAUUUCUUAACAAGGCAGCAAUCGUGACACCCAAAGAUACAUUCAACCCAGAUGGGUCAACAUCUGACCCAUGGAACCUAUGCAACAUCCAACAAGUAGAAGAACUCAAAUGUGUUAUAAAAGCUGGACCCAUAUGGAUUGGAGUCAUAACAUACUUCAUGGUAAUGAUCCAACAAAUGCAAUAUGUUGUCUUCCAAGCCCUUCAAUCCAACAGACGUUUGUUCAACACCAACAUUCAAAUUCCUGCAGCUUCAUAUAACAUCUUCACAAUGCUCACAAUUGUCAUAUUUGUACCGAUAUACGAUCGUCUCAUUGUCCCCCAAUUGCGUCGUAUCACAGGUAAAGAAGGCGGAAUAUCCCUCCUCCAAAGAACCGGAUUGGGGAUAUCAUUAACAGUCAUAGUUUCUCUAGUUUCGGCUUUGGUGGAAGAGAAAAGGAGGAAUCUUGCCUUUACGGAACCAACUUUAGGGUACCAACCCCAUAGAGGGGAAAUUUCAUCGAUGUCAGCAUUAUGGCUAAUUCCACAACUCUGUUUUGCUGGGUUGGCUGAGUCCUUUACUGCAAUAGGUUUACAAGAGUUUUACUAUAGACAAUUUCCGGAGAACAUGAGAAGUGUUGCGGGUGCUUUCUUCUUUAGUGGACUUGCAGUAUCGAGUUACUUAAAUGGUUUGUUGGUGACAAUUAUUCAUCGGACAACCAAAGGGGCUGCCACCGGAAAUUGGUUGCCUGAAGAUCUUAACAAGGGUAGACUGGACUAUUUCCAUUUUCUAAUGACUUGUAUUGGGAUCAUGAAUCUAGGCUACUUUCUGUUGUUUUCAAGUUGGUAUAGAUACAAAGAAACGAAUUGUUCCCGAGAUGGUGGUGCCAUGGUGGAGAUGGAGAAAAAACUUGAUAAAUCUUUGGUUUGAGAAACAAGGUGAAAACUAUAAUAUGAUGAACAUUGGGUAAGAAUUGUAAUAUAAAUCUUCCAAUUGCAUAAAUGAUAACAAAUAAAUGUAACUAGUGUAUCAUUAGUGUAUCCUAGAUCCUUUGGUAUUUCAUGUUUCAAGAUAUGUUUCUUAGGUGAGUGGAUGAUUUAAAGCAUAUUUUAAUGAUUCGUGCCAAACCACAAUGGCAAUACUAACACUUUUGUCUUCUUUUUCAAAUACAUUACAUUGAAAAAUAAUAUCUCCUAAGUCCUUUGUA